AUGGGAAAAUUAAUGUUUCCCUUUCUUUGUUUACUAUCUUUCACUUCUAUUGCAUUCGCGCUAGAUUGCACUCAAAUUCCGCCUUCUGAAAUCUUCGAUUCCAAUACAGUUAACAUACCCAAGAAAGAUGGUUCGUUGCAAACGCUUCCAGGAAAUUUCAACUGCGUUUAUAAUAUCUCCACUCCCACACCAACGUCUUCUCAUGGUCUUUAUGCAAUUGUGACAAUCACAAAUGGUUUGCAAGGUGUAAAUGAUUAUAUUCUAGUCACGAAAAUCACGGGAAGCAAACGAAAAAUUGUUAGCGCUGGAAAUAAGGUUGAAACAUACAAAGUGAUCCCAGGCUCUCAGUUAAGUGUUCAAGUGAUCACAAAAAGUGUUGUAAUGAAUUCUCAAUUCGCGAUUUCUGUACAAUAUCAUAGUGCGGUAAUUGGACCGAGUGUUCAAAUGAAAACAGGAUCGGAAAUGAAUUUUUUGGAUGUCAAAACCAUCAACCAAGGCCCAUUCACUUCUCUGACUUACGUUUCAAAGGAGCAUAUUGUUCUCACUUUGGCCACUGAGGCAUUGGAUAUUUCUAUUUUAGACAAUUGCUAUUUCAUCGAUGGCACAUUUGAUAAUCAGCGAAAAAUUUACGAGGUCGACGAUUUCUUUUACAACGAUGACGACGGUUUUACAACCAUUUCCCAUCAUUUAACAGUUGUCAGUUUUCAAGAAAGCCUGAUUCAAAUAGUUCUAAAUCCAGUUCCUGAAGUUAAACAGUUCUCCAAUUUCUACUCCAUGCCUAUCGUCAAAACCGUAAGCUCAUUCGAAACAGUGUUUAAUGAAGCAAUUCAACUGGUAAAUUUUGAUUCUGUUGGGAUUGUCAUGGACGGUUUUCAUAUUAUUACGAAGCCCUGCAACGCAAAAGUGGUCGCUGGACCACCCAACAAUUCAUCGAAAACUAUUCUAGACCUUUCUACAAAUCCAUCAAAGGCUCAAACAUUUAAUGUCAAGGAUUUAACAGUGAUUACAAACGGAUGUUUUUUCCAUUUCACUGCGAGAGCUCCUAAUUGA